AUGUGCCUACAUACAUGUAUUACCGACCUUGUAUCGCAUAUCACACAGCUCCAUACAGCUUACGGGAUCACUGCUAUUAGCUGUAACUUGGAGUAUGCCAGGUUAUAUCUGUCUACCUGGUUUGGAAUAUCAAUAAAACAAACUCCAUCACCCCAUCCCAGCAAUAUGGAAUCAUCGGACUCAAAAUCGAUCCGUAAAGCUAUCUGGUCUGGUUCUAUCCCUUGUAAAAUACUACUUGACCCUGGAGAAUGCCGUGUCUUUGAUGAUUCAGAUCCAUAUUACCUCACUAUUCCGCGAAUAUCUUAUCUACCACUCUUUAUUCCGCAAAUCUACAAGUUCUUCAAACAUUUCCUGAUUGAUCAAGAAGUCUCGAAAGAGGAGACUGCUUGGUUUGAGUUUGAAAGCGUUCCUCUCAAAUGGCACUGGCCUGUUGGUCUUCUUUAUGAUCUCUUUACUGCGCGCGACCCCUCAAGCAGGGACGUUGAAGAUGAAGAACAUCAGUUACCAUGGACCUUGAUUCUUCAUUUCCGAGACUAUCCCCAUAAACACCUUAUGCGCUUGGAUAAUCCCGCAGCCUGUCAUGAUGCUUGGAUGAACUUAGUAAAAGAGGCAGAUUAUGUCCGCCACGGAAGCGCAAAAGCAGUCAUGAACCUGACAAAGGCCGAGUCCACAGGCCUCUGGGAUUCUUUGCAGUCAUACGACUUUGAUAAAUAUUGGAGCGUCUACGAUAAGCUCAUCUCUCCCAUCUCUACGCCUACCCGCAAUAUACCGUUGAGAGUUUAUAUCCCUGGUACUGGAUCUCGGGUAAUCCAACGCCCAGUUCCCCCUCUUCAAGCAUCUCGUGACCAUCAUACCGUCGGCACGGCCCUGCACCUAUUCGUUCCGGAGCUCUUCCCAAGCCAGCGAGUAUGUGUAUUAGCGAAGCCUGUGAUUCAUGGUGUGGUAAUAGCGAUGGGCACACCACUAAUAGAUCUAAUGAGGGAGGCUGUGUAUCCAGAUGGGUUCUUGCAUGUGUCUUUGGCCAUGAUGGCAUGA